AUGAGUUUCUUGAGGCCAAAUUCUCUCAACAGGCUCCGAUGUCUGGCCGCUGGUCGCUCGCCGCUAUCCACUGCUUCUCCGCCAAUUUUCAACCGCCCACUCUACUCCGGCGUGCGCCACAUCCAUCACCAACGCGACUCCACCACCAGGUAUGACAUCGAGCCACCUAUGAACUGGGGAGUCCGUAUUGUCCCGGAGAGGAGAGCUUACGUGAUCGAACGAUUUGGGAAGUACGUGAAAACACUAACGCCUGGAAUCCAUUUACUGGUUCCGUUUGUGGAUCGAAUCGCGUACGCGCAUUCUCUGAAAGAAGAGGCAAUUCCCAUUCCAGACCAGUCUGCUAUUACGAAGGACAACGUCAGCAUUCAUAUCGACGGGGUCCUCUAUGUUAAGAUUGUGGAUCCAAAAUUGGCAUCGUAUGGAGUUCAGAACCCGCUGUAUGCCGUGAUUCAGCUUGCUCAAACUACCAUGAGAAGUGAGCUGGGUAAAAUUACCCUCGACAAGACUUUUGAAGAAAGGGACCGACUCAAUGUCAAGAUAGUCAUUGCCAUCAAUGAAGCUGCAAAAGAUUGGGGAUUACAGUGUCUUCGUUACGAAAUAAGGGAUAUAUCGCCACCACCUGGGGUGAAGGCAGCUAUGGAGAUGCAAGCUGAAGCUGAGCGCAAAAAGAGAGCUCAAAUCUUGGAAUCUGAAGGGAAAAAGCAGGCAAAUAUUAAUAUCGCAGAAGGGGAAAAAAUGGCUGUGAUCCUUGAAUCAGAAGCUGCCCAGCUGGACCAGGUCAACAGGGCUCGAGGAGAAGCACAAGCUAUACUUGCCAAAGCAAAGGCUACUGCCGAAGGAAUUAAUGUGGUCGCAACAACCCUCAAAGAAAACGGCGGUGUGGAGGCUGCUAGUUUACGAGUCGCCGAACAAUAUAUUCACGCAUUCAGCAAUAUAGCAAAACAGGGAACGACCGUUUUACUUCCCUCGAGUGCUUCGAAUCCUUCCAACAUGAUGGCUCAAGCCUUAGCUAUAUACAAGAACUUACUUGGCAAAGAUUCUGCUCCACCGCAUUGGACUCUUCUCGCGUGCCUCGGCGUUUUCCUCACGGGCUACGGUCUCGUCCCCGAGUUUGUGCCGCCGCCACGCGUAUCGUGCGCACCUUUGUCCUUUGCGGCUGUCCCGUGCGCGUCACCCCUGCCUGCCUUGCCGCUUGCCUCGAGGGCUAAGGCCUUGCUUAUCGCGCGUGCAUUGCGCGCCUUACCGUUUGCCUCGAGGGUUAAGGUAUCGCUCCCCGGGUGUGCCCGUGUAUCCUCGCUGCUCGCGUCUUCCGCGCCCUUAGCCGAUGCGCCAGUCGAUCCUUAG